AUGGUUGUGAACGUUGAGCACGACAGUUGUGACACGCUAUCAUUCGCCAAAGACUCGCUGCAUCUCCAGAAUCUCGCCAUGAAUCAGCAACAGAACUCGCGGUCCGAAUCCUCACCCUCCUCAAGUCAUUCUAACGAGAUGAGUGGCGACGCUGAAGGGGUUUGGUCGGCCGAUAUCGACCAAGCCUUCCACGAAGCGCUUCAGAUAUACCCACCGUGUGGGCGGAGGAAGAUCAUAUUGAGUGAGGAGGGGAAGAUGUAUGGUAGGAAUGAGUUGAUUGCACGGUACAUUAAGAUACGAUGUGGGAAGACUAGGACAAGGAAGCAGGUAUCGAGUCAUAUACAAGUGCUGGCUAGGAAGAAGCAUCGGGAACUGCAGAGCAAGGUUAAGGUAUGUUUUUAGAGUUAAAAUAGGUUAUUAUGUUUUAAAAUGUAAUAAAAAAUGAAAAGACGAAAUGUCAAUUUCCAAUUAUUGAUUUUGACACCGUCUUUUUUGUAUAUUAUCGCGCCUAACACUGUAAAACUACCUUUAAAGUUGCUUUUUAGAGUUGAAGCAUAAGGUAAUAUAAAAACAAAUUCAAUUUUAAAAUUUUUUAUGUUUUUUUGUUAUGUAUAUCUUAGUUAUAUACAUUAACUAUAAACUUUUAUCCAUGUAGCUACCUAAAAAUACCCUUUUCUAUAAAUCCCGUUAAAGUACACUUCAAAGUAGUGUAAAACCAAACGAGUAAAGUAUUAAAGAUUAGGAAUGUGAAGUCAUUCCAAUCUCGUCAUGUUGGCUUAAGCGUACUAAGAAUAAUCGCUACAGUAAUGUUUGACGGGAUAUCUUACGCUGAAGAAGCCGGAAAAGGAAACUUCAUUGGGAAAAACCGAGCUAAUCUCACCUUUUUUAAACUGUUUUAAAUUCUUGAAAUUUUGAAAUUUCAAUGGGAUCAUACGGUUUAUUAUUGGCGAGGUUUUGAAGUUAUAGUAGUGGUCCAAGGGUGUCAUGAUAAAAAUAACUUACACUGCUUUAAAAAUUAAAACUAAAAUUUUGUAUUAUAUAAUAAAUAGUACUGUAAUGAGCGGUACUGUAACAAUUUUUUGCUUUAAAGUACAAUAUAGGCUUAAAAAAUUAAAAGCAAUAUUUCAAAACCAUCCUUUAUAUACCUAAAAUCCAAAUCAUUUCAGACCCAAGAAAUCAAGACCGAAGAGCCCGCCAAUCCACCUCCAUCCGAAUUCACCCCGCCGUCUCUCCUCAACUCCUUCAGCUCGUCCUCAAUAACAUCGCCAUCAAUAUCAAUGUCGCAACAGAAUUUGUUGCAAAAGUCAAUGGUCGACCAGGCCAAAGUCGCAGCUUUGGCUGAAGCUGCAGUCGCGGCCGUUGCCGCCUCGGCCGCUAGCCAACCUCCGCUGCCAAUUUCUACAAAUACAUCGCCCGAGGCUGGUGCGCUGGCCGCAUCUUCCGCACUGCCGUGGCCAUACAUGGUGCCGGGCAUGUUCAACAACAAUUUUUAUGGAAAUGUCGCUAUGUAGGUUUGGGUUGGAAUUGGAAGAGGUUGAUUUUCUAAGGGUUGACAAGAUAGUAAAUAAAAAAGGAUAAACACUUUUGAUUUAUAGUCUAAAAUGACGUUUUUUUGGCUUUCAAAUAUCUCAAAAAUGCCUCUUUAAGGCCUUAUAAGAAUGGUUAAAAAAUUUAAUUUCAACCUCUAAACAUCUUACCCAUGCCAUUUCAGGAACAACGAUGAAAACAUAUACACUCAAUUCGCGGCAGCAGCCCUAUCAGCCCAACAACAGAUUAAUACCGCCUUCGGAGGGCAAAGCAAUGGCAAUGCCAACAGUGCCGCCUCUCUAAUCGGAGCCAUGCCAGCUCUGAACAAACUCCUGCCCCAACUGCCAUUGAACGGAGGACCAAGUGCUCUACUAGGCAACUCUCCACCAAUUCCCUCAUUCUCUGCCGACACCCUACCCACCUUAUCCAUCGCUUCUUCCAAACUCAGUUUAGCCGGAUUCACGGCCUACGUGGACAGCACAGUGAAUUCACAGCGGCAACGGGUGGAGAUGGUCAAGAUACCAAAGUUUGCUGAUGAACCUCAAGAUCGGAUUUCAUUCGCGACAAUUGGGACUAAAUAUCCACCAAAGCUGCAAGAGUUGUAUAACCAAGGUCCGAAGGAUGCGUUCUAUCACGUUAAAGUGUGGGCGAAUAUUGACUUUGAGACAAACGAAGAUGACAAUCCUUUGUAUGCUGUGGAUGAGAACUAUGAAAGUCAGUAUCAGUUCCCUAUCAAUGUGUCGACUGAGUUGUGCUCUUUUGGAAAACAGCAAGUUGAGAAACGAGAGGUAAGCAGUAGUUUUUAUAAUUAGACGUAUUUAUUAGUUCGUACUGGCUUCUAAUGUCAUUUUUGGUACUAAAUUUAAAGGUUUUACUGGUACUAAUACUAAAAUGAAAUUUUGCUAUUAAAAUUUUUAAAAAUUUGUAAAUAUAGUACUAGUACUAUCUAUUGAAGACUUUUUAGUAUAAAAAUAGCAUUUUUUAAACCGAGUACUAGUACUAGCAUUAGUAAAAAAAAUUUUAAAAACUUAGAUGUAGUACUAUAAAUAAGAUUUAGUAAACAGUACUAGUACUAUUCUUUUAGUCUUUUUAGUGCAAAACUUAAAAAACAAAAAAUAUUUGUGUACUGGUACUGUAUUUUUUAAACUGUUUGCGUGCGAAAAUUUUUAAAAAUUUUCAAAUUGAGUACUGGUACUAGCUGACUUUUAGUACAAGAUCAUUAAAGUUGUUAUAUGUGCUUCUACUAGCUGCCUAAUUUAUAAUUGGUACGAACAACAAACAAUUUUUUUAAAUUAUAGUAUUUUAGCACGAAACUCCAAAAAAUAUUUUUAAUGCUCAGUACUAUUACUUACUAUUUCUCAAAGCAUUUUAGUACAAAAUUUCAAAAAAUAAUUUUAAAAUUCACGAAAAAACAACAAAUCUCAUUUGUCCACGUAUCGCUGUACCUUUUGCAUUGUACAACUGCUCACGCUAUUUACUAUUAAUAAAGUAAUCUGGUUGAGCCGAGUAAUUUCGAACCGAUAGCGUGAUGUUAUCCAGGUUGAUACCGUACUUUAUGCCAUAGAAAUAUUGAAUGACAUUUCUGUGGUAUUCGCGGAGUCACGUGACACGAGGCUUUGUGGAGUAACAUUAUAGUUUUGAGUUCAAUGUUGGUUUGUGGGAAAAAACGUAUUUUAUGAUUUGUAGAGGUAGUGUCUGUAGUAUUAUAUGAUCUGUACAAUAGUCUCUGUGGUAUGUUAUGAUCUACGUAUACAGUACGGUCUGUCGUAUUGUAUGAUCUGUAGGGGUAGUGUCUGUAGUAUUAUAUGAUCUGUAAGAGUAGUGUUUGUAGUAUGUUAUGAUCUAUACAGUCACUACGGUUCUGUGUAGUACAAAAAAACUAGUAGGUCAUCGCCUCACAUGCGACAUCAAACGUAGCCAGACUUUUGUGGCUAUGACAUGAUUGUAUCGUAAUAACCGUAGGAGAUACAAAAUCUUUUUGAAGUCAAAAUUGUAUCUUCAAAGUAACGCACGAUUUUCUAUUGCAGUAAACAUGUACAUGUACGUAUAUCUUACUAACAUGUACAUAUAGUAGAUCUUACAGUAUAAUAAGAUACACGUGUCUUUUGGCUAUGAUAAUGUUAUAUUUUUAAUUGUUCAAUUAAUUCUGCGCUUCUUGGCCACAAAAAUUUGCAAUGAAAAGGAGCUCAAUUAUUAUUUGAACAACUUUAUAUUUCUAUUGUAUUUAGCUAUGACUAGAUUUUCUAAGUGACCUUAAGCUAUACUAAAGGCUGAGCCGGACAAGCAGGUUACACUUCUUAUUAUCUUCUUCGUUCCUCUCCUUCUCCACUCUCAUCACCGUCUUCCCAUUCCUAUUGCUCCGCUUCCCCACCGCCCAACAAAGCUAGUUUUUAGUUACAAUGUUACAGUAAGAACAAUAGAAAAAGCAGACGUUUUUUUUCCAAAAAACUAUAUUUAAAGUCCGUACAACUCAUUUGUUUGAACAGAUUUUGAACUGUUAUAAUUCAAUUUUUGGCCGUUUUAGUAAUAUUAAAGAGCAGAGAUUAUUAACAAACAAAAAAUAAUUUUAAAAAGUCACGUUUUGGUUUUACUUGUUAUAUUGACAUACUCCAACCUAUUUAUAAAAACAUAAAAAACUGUAAAUUCAAGCAAUUAAAAGCUCAUUCACUAAAAAACUCUUCUUUCAGGACGCCACCAACAACUCAGACGAAGGUCCAAUCUUCAAGUACCAACUGGAAGGCUCGCCCAUGUGUGAAUACAUGGUAACGUUCAUUACCGAGCUGAAGAAACUUCAAAGCCAUGACCUCAUGAACUCAGUCCUCGACAACUUCACGGUCAUGCAAACUGUCACGGAUCAGAUGAGCGGCCAGACCUUGUUAGUUAUUUGUUUUUCGUUCGAAAUCUCACCCGAACCCGAGCCAUCUUGUCGCAUUUACAAAAUUGUUGACUAA